UCUCUCUCUCUCUCUCUCUCUCUCUCUCUCUCUCUCUCUCUCUCGUGCACGUGUGGAGGUCUGAGAACAACUUGCACAAGUCGGCCAUCCUUCACUAAGCGGGGUCCUGGGGCUCGAACUCUGGUUCUCAGGCCUUUGCCAGCUGAGCUGCCCUCUUCUAGAAGUGACACUGCACACGUAGCUUCUUGGCGCUCUAAAGCUAUGAUCACAAGGGAAGAACGAGACGCGAGCCUUCGCCCUGUGACAGCCUGGGAUUUCUUCCACUGUCUCUGCUCCCAGCCGCUCUAAGAACCGAAAACUUGGGUCUCAUAUUUCCGGGGGACACUCUUGCGCUGCGCACACCCUCUUGGUUUCCCUUGUGUGAACCAAUAGAAAACCACGGUCUGCAGGCCAGUCAGUGGUAGUAGAGAGUCGCUGGGCGCACUGCCAGUUACGCCACGAAGGGGCGGGACUUCCUCCCGGAACUUGAAGCCGCGCAGGAAGGUCGGGCAAGGUGCUGGCUGGUUGGAAAUCCAUGUGGCGCGGGCUGAAUGCCCUGGCGACCCGGGCGGCGCGGGCGCCCCGCAGGUGGGUGGGACAGACCCGCUGUCACGGUGGGGGGCGCUGCUCUAGGCCCCGGGACAUCCCCGGGCGACGUUCCGUCGGUCCUUCACUCCGAGGCUCGGCGUCCGGGGUGUGCUUACUCGGCUACUUCCCGGCCCCCAGGCUGUGCGCACGCCGGAGCAGCGGCGCCGGGUCCUGGACCCCUGAGAGCACCAUCUUCGCGCUCAGCUCCGGCCAGGGCCGCUGCGCCAUCGCCGUGAUCCGCACCAGCGGCCCUGCCAGUGGGAUCGCGCUCCGCAGCCUCACGGCGUCCCGGGAGCCACCUCCGGCCCGCAGCGCCUGCCUGCACCUUCUCCGCCACCCGCGCUCCGGGGAGCCCCUGGACCGCGCGCUCGUCCUCUGGUUUCCAGGUGAGGGGCUCGAUCCAGGAUCCCACAGCACUAGUGACCGGGUCUCAGUCCCCUCCGGGAGCCCGGGCCGUGCCCAUCUUCUGACUCUGCUCUUUGCCGUACAAGGCCCCCGGAGUUUCACGGGUGAGGAUUGCGUGGAGUUUCACGUGCACGGAGGUCCCGCGGUGGUCAGCGGCGUCCUACAGGCGUUGGGUAGUGUGCCAGGACUGCGACCAGCUGAGGCUGGGGAGUUCACCAGAAGGGCAUUCGCCCACGGAAAGCUGAGCCUAACUGAAGUGGAGGGACUGGGCGAUCUGAUCCAUGCAGAAACUGAGGCCCAGCGGCGCCAGGCCCUGAGGCAGCUGGAUGGGGAGCUGGGCCAACUGUGCCGAGGCUGGGCGAAGACCCUCACCAAGGCUCUGGCCCAUGUAGAAGCCUAUAUUGACUUCGGAGAGGAUGGCAGUUUGGAAGAGGCAGUGUUGGAGCAGGUGGACAGAGACGUUCGAACCCUGGAGGCUGCACUGGGUUCCCACUUGCGAGAUGCCAGGCGAGGUCAGAGGCUCCGCUCUGGGGCGCACGUUGUGGUCACUGGACCGCCCAAUGCGGGCAAGAGUAGUCUGGUGAAUCUUCUCAGCCAGAAACCCGUGUCCAUCGUGUCCCCAGAGCCAGGGACCACCCGAGAUGUGCUGGAGACGCCUGUGGACCUGGCUGGCUUCCCUGUGCUGCUGAGUGAUACUGCCGGGCUGCGGGAAGGCGUGGGCGUGGCUGAGCAGGAGGGAGUGCGAAGGGCUCGCCAGCGGUUAGAGCAGGCUGACAUCAUCCUGGGUGUCCUGGAUGCCUCCGACCUGGCCUCCCCCUCCUGCUGCAGCUUCCUGGAUACUGUGGUGGCCCCACUGGUAGCACAGAGCCCCAACAGCAGCAGACAGCGUUUCCUGCUGCUGCUCAACAAAUCUGACCUGCUUCCCACUAGUCCCCCGGCCAGCCACACUGCCUUAUUAGAGACACCGCACCUGCUGUUGUCCUGCCUCACCGGAGCUGGGCUGGACGGCCUCCUGCAGGCCCUAAAGACCGAGCUGUCGGCGGUGUGUGGGGACCCAUCCACAGGGCCACCGCUCCUGACCCGGGCUAGGCACCACCAUCACCUCCAGAGCUGCCUGGAUGCCCUGAGCCACUACCAGGCAACCACAGACCUGGCCCUGGCAGCCGAGGCCCUGCGUCGGGCUCGGAGGCACCUGAACCACCUCACAGGAGGAGGAGGCACUGAAGAGGUCCUGGACCUCAUCUUCCGGGACUUCUGUGUGGGCAAGUAAGGCUCAGCUGGGUGGGACCCGGGGCCUCAGUUCCCACUGAUGGCAGCAAAGAGUAGGAGAGCACUUGGGGUCCCCAGCCAUCAAUCGUGUUCCCUCCACAGUGAGCAGUAGAGACAGGUCAGGGAUCCCAGGAUGGCUACCACUUGGCUGCUGAGAUUAAGGCCUUCAUCACCAUGCCAAGUGUACAUAGUGCUGGAGAUGAUUCUUGCCACGCCCCAGCUCCUCACAGGGGCUCCAACCCUGAGCCACACCCCAACCUCUCACUGGGGAUUCUAGGCAGGGGCUCCACCCUGAGCCACGCCCCUGGCUUCAUAGUUUUUACGGCAGGAGCAUGAAGAGUUUGGGUGGUCCAGAAAUGUCAGUUCAUGAGGAUCAGUCAGCCUUACCUUCCAGAAGUUUGUCUACAUGUUUUCUCUAUGACAUCAUAUGUCAAUAUUUAUUUAUUAUAAAUUUAUUUAUUAUGAA